CGGUGGAAAAAUAAGCCGCAGUUGUUCUACUAGAGAAGCGACUAUCGCUGUUCUCCGUAAUAAGGGAGUUCCCCACCAAACCGCGCUCUCUCUCGUUCGCUCUCUCUUCCUUCUCCUCUCCCUCACCACUUCCCCAAGCUCAGCGACAACAACAUAGCCACUCCCUUGCCUUCUCACCUUCGUUUCGUUUCCAUUGUUAUUCCCUGAUCUUAUUUGGGCAUAAGGUCCCUUCUUUGCCACACCCGGAAAUCCCGUGCCUGGGCGCACUUGGAGUCUGCCUGGUGCCCGAGUCUCUGCGCCGAUUGCCUCUGCAAUGUGUCCUCCCAGAUUCGUUUAAAUUCAGUUCUACCAGUGCUACGGCAGCUUCGUUGCCCCAUUUGGGCUUCUCAGACACUUCCCCCCUUCUCCUCCCCGUGUUCGUUCCCUCUGCGUCAUCGAGCAGUGAUCCGUCAUGCCAUCCAUCCUCAGUGACGCCGACAAGGAGACAGUCAAACGAAAUGUCCCUAAGCCAUCGAACAAAAUCCAUGCUGUAGCAGUCGCGCGACUGUAUGUCGCCUAUCCGGAUCCUCAGAGAUGGGUCUACACGGGUUUGCAGGGUGCUGCAGUGCUUGCGAACGAUCUCGUCGGGCGUACCUUUUGGUUGAAGAUGGUCGAUGUCUCGCCUGCCGGAAGAGGCGUUAUUUGGGAUCAAGAGAUAUACGACAAUUUCCAUUACAACCAAGACCGGACAUUCUUCCAUACGUUCGAGCUCGAAGACUGCCCGGCCGGUCUAUCAUUCGCCGAUGAGAAAGAGGCCAAAACAUUUAUCAAGAAGUUUCACGAGCGGGAGAAGAAUGCCAGCAAAGAGACCAGACAGACGCCCUUUGCCUCGACUCGUGGUCAAGGUCCCGCUCCUGUGAUGAAUGGCAAAGGCGGCAUAGGACGCUCAAUUUUCGGUAGCUUGCUGGGCCAUCGGUCAUCGUCAGUACCAAGCGGACCUCCUCCCCCAGCGCCUGCAGCAACCUCCGCGCCUUCAAUCCAGGUCGCUCCUCCCCCUCUAUCAGCCAGUUCGUCACGCAAAGAAUUGCCUUUCAACACCAGUGACCCGUCUUGGAAAGGCCUUCUGGAUGAACUGAUGCAGAUGGGAAUUACCGAAGACCAGAUUGCUGAGAAUUCGGACUUUAUCAAGGCGUAUAUCGAUCAGAAGCAGGCUACGGAGGAUGAAAACCAGAAGAAAGGAAAAGCUCCUCCGCCUCCCCCCUCCGCACCUCCUGCCCCCAAGGUUAGCCCCCAGAGCACUGGCAACAGCUUAGGUAGUCGACGAGGUGCUCCUCCUCCGCCGCCUCCAUCUCGAAGGACUCGGCCCGACGCGCAGGAGGAUAGUGCGUCAGCCUCACCACGUGAACCGUCACCACCCCGGCCCAGGUUCCGAGCACCGCCGCCAAUUGCAGAUGCUGGCAGAUUUGCGCAGGGCACUAGCCCAGCGCCUGGCACGCGUUCACGAGCAAGCUCUGGAGCGAAUCCUGGACCCCCGCCUCCUCCGCGGCCUCCAAAGACGCCAAUGGAGGACAGCGCUCAUCGGUUUGGAGUCCCUCCUCCCUUCCAAGGAGAGCGUAAGGUGUCAGCACCACCGGCACCACCCAGUCGAAGCCCGGCACCUCCAGGGCCUCCGCCGCCUCCACCCCGUACAACAAGCCCUGCGGCACAACCACCCCUUCCUCCUAAGGUCCCUCACGGGCCACCUCCACCAGCCAGAAAUCCAAUUCCUCCUCCGCCUCCACCUGUUCCUACUGCUUGUCGGCCCAUUCCUCCUACAACUGCUGCACCACCAGCCCCUCCACCUCCACCUCCAGUUACAAACCUUCCACCGCCGCCUUCACCCUCCACAGGCGGUCUUCCUCCACGUCCUCCACCGCCGCCAGUGAACACUGCUCCCCCUCCCCCUCCGCCGGCGCCGCCAGCAAGUACCGGUCCGCCAGCUCCUCCACCUCCACCGCCGCCGGCACCUGGCGUUGGCGCUGGUGCUUCCCCACCGCCCCCACCACCACCGGGUGCUGGUGCGCCUCCCCCUCCCCCCCCUGCUGCCGGCGCUCCACCGCUGCCCAAGCCUACUGGUGGGAGGGAUGAUCUCUUGGCCUCGAUUAGAGCUUCAGGAGGAAAGGGUGGUGGUGGUUUACGGAAAGUCAGCGAAGCGGAGAAGAAAGAUCGGAGUGGGGCUCAUGUGCCUGGAGGUGCUAACGAAUCGUCAUCUGGAACUCCAAGCGGUGGCGGCGCUCCUCAAGGAGGCCUGGCAGGGGCCUUGCAAGAUGCACUGGCAAAGCGAAAGCAGAAGGUCAGCGGUAGUGAUGAUGAGAAGGAUGAUGAUGACGACUGGUAAACUGUCGCUUGCCUUGAUCACUAUCAUUGUAUCUUUACUUGUCGACUUAUGGUUAUUGGGUGAAUUCAUGGACUGGUGUUAGAGAAACCUUGCGUAAUGAGUAUGGGUCUCUUUCCGCGGUGGUUCACGGAUUCGUCAAAAGCUUUUGUUUCAAGGCAUACAUCCAGUAAGCGAAUAGAACAGGUUUUUGCGCAUAUUUAUUGCGUCUAUGCAAAUACAAAAGAACGACUUGCGGAGAGACAUUCAAUUGUUAUGUCGGAGUAGAGUCAUAGCUGUAGUUCUGGAAUACAGUUUGCCGUUUUUGGAAAUGUCGG